GCCAUGACGACCUCGUCUCCCUCUCAGGUGCGACAGAACUACCACCAGGACUCUGAGGCCGCCAUCAACCGGCAGAUCAACCUGGAGCUCUAUGCGUCCUACGUCUACCUGUCUAUGUCUUGCUACUUUGACCGAGGUGACGUGGCCCUGAAGAACUUUGCCAAGUAUUUCCUGCACCAGUCCCACGAGGAGCGGGAGCACGCUGAGAAGCUCAUGAAGCUGCAGAACCAACGCGGUGGCCGCAUCUUCCUGCAGGACAUCAAGAAACCAGACCUCGAUGACUGGGAGAGCGGACUGAAUGCAAUGGAGUGUGCUUUGCACUUGGAAAAAAAUGUCAAUCAAUCCUUACUGGAACUGCACAAGCUGGCAUCUGACAAAAAUGACCCCCAUUUAUGUGAUUUCAUCGAAACCCACUACCUGGAUGAACAGGUAAAGUCCAUCAAACAACUGGGUGAUUACAUAACCAACCUUCGCAAAAUGGGGGCUCCUGAUUCUGGCAUGGCAGAAUAUCUUUUUGACAAGUACACCCUUGGAGACAGUCACAACGAGAGCUAAGCCACACCUGGCUUCCCCCACACCUGGGAACUGUGGGCAACACUCCUCCUGUCUUUCAGUGCAUGCAUAUUUUGGUUAUCUGACCUUUUCAUAAUCUGUACCAAAAAAUUACCACCAUUUACAUCCCAAUAAAGUGACUUGAU